AUGGCAACACCAAAUAACAACGAGCAACAUCAUCAACCCACUACUACUGCUGCAGGCGGUAACACUACCACUUCAUCCAUCCUUUCAUCUGAACAACGUUCUGAAAAUAAAGACAUUACGAUGGAGGAGACCCAUCAAGAUGAAUCCCCAACCGCUCCUGUUACGCCUGUGGCUACUGUCACCGAUAAUACUCCCACUCGGGCAUGGAUAGAAUCUACCACCCCAGAACUGGCUUCCCUAGGGCUCCCAUCCCAAGCACUGGUCAAGCGCGCAAUGGUUAGAGACUUACCUAAGUUCAAGAUCUUGAACGAUGAUACAAGGGACCCAGAUGACGCAUUCGUAUCCGUAAAUCAAUAUUUCAAGGCAUUUGAAAGAACUUUCAGAAUGCAGAAUGUUGAUCUCGAGCUCAACUGGAGAGAUAACCUUGCAAAUGUCAUUGGAAUAGACCAUACCGAUUGGUACUCUGAUACUAUUGAACAGAAUAUGGCAAUCUCUUACACGCAAGGAAAGGCUAUGAUCAUGGAUCACAUCGAAUCCCCUGCCAAGGCCAUCAACAUGAUGUUUAACAAGUUGGUAAAUCUUCGACAAAAGACUGGGGAACCUGCUGCUGACUUCGGCAAGCGUUUCAUAAGGGCUGCCCAUGCUGCUCAGUGUGCCGAUAGUAACUUCAUGGCUCGUCUUUACAUGAACAACUUGCAACCCUACUUGAAUUUGAGUGUUCGCGCAUCAUUGUCAAGCUAUCUCGGCAUCUCAUUCUUGCAUCAAUUGAAGUCCUUCCGUCAAGCCGAAGCCUUGAUCAGUGGUCUAGAAGUACAUGUAUCUGAAGAUACUUUUGUCGCAAGCAUGAGCAAAGGACCCAAAAGAAACCAUGAGCCCAAGCUGAAGGGAGGUGAACGUUCUUCUGGCAACAAAUCAAAUAAAAAAUGCUAUUACUGUAAUCAACCUUGGGAAAAAGGCCAUCACUGCUCUGAAUUCCACGAAGCAAAGAAAGCCAAGCAAAACCAAGGCCAAUCCACUCAUCAUAAAUCAGCAAACAACAAUCAAGUAAGAACCAUCAAGAUGGACCAACUCAUGGAAGAGUGGACUAACUUUGACAUGAAAAGCAGUAAAGAAGAUGAAGCGAUUGAUAACGCUGCGGAAUUUGAGGCUUUAUAG